ACUCCUCACUGUGAGUCAUUCGAAUCAGCGCGAGCAGGUCUCUCCGGUCGUUCCUGGGCAGGCGAGUUUGAAAGGGAGCCACCAAGGGCAGCCUCGGAGGGGCUGCAGGCACCCACCGGCCUGGCAGGAGAGGAGAUGCUGGCCUGCUGCACUGCGCCAGAAGGCCCCCCUCGCUGCCGGCCGUAGUCCCAGGCCACCUCCUCAUCAGGGCCAAGGAGCCCGCCACGGCUGGAAGACAGUGGAUGGGCAGAUGGACAGCCAGCAGCGCAAUGAGAGAGAUCAAACCAGGAACUGUCGAUGCUGACCCCUCACCUCAGUUGCCCCCCAGAGCGUCCUGACAUGCACUUUUGGUUAUGCGGCAUCACCGAAGAAUGGGGCUCAACCUGACACUCGCCAGACUGCCAAAUGACGAGGCACACGGCCCGGGGGGUCCCACCUCAAGUAACUCGAGUGCGGGGCCCCGAGGGAACGCCACCCUGCACAGCGAGUUUGGCACCAUCGUCCUGCCCGUGCUCUACCUGGUGAUAUUUGUGGCCAGCAUCCUGCUGAACGGACUGGCAGUGUGGAUCUUCUUCCACAUCAGGAACAAAACCAGCUUCAUAUUCUAUCUCAAAAACAUCGUGGUGGCCGACCUCGCCAUGACGCUGACCUUCCCGUUCCGGAUCGCGCACGACGCCGGCUUUGGCCCGCGGUACCUCAAGUUCGUGCUCUGCAGGUACACGUCGGUCCUGUUCUACGCAAACAUGUACACGUCCAUCGUGUUCCUUGGACUGAUCAGCAUUGACCGCUACCUGAAGGUGGUGAAGCCAUUUGGGGACUCACGCAUGUACAGCGUGACCUUCACGAAGGUGCUGUCCGGCUGUGUGUGGGUGGCCAUGGCGCUCCUGUCCUUGCCGAACGUCAUCCUCACCAGCGGCCAGCCCACCAGGGAGAACAUUCACGACUGCAUGACACUCAAGAGCCCGCUGGGCGUCCGGUGGCAUCAGGCUGUGGUCCAGGUCAACAGCUGCCUGUUCGUGGUGGUGCUGGUGGUCCUGAUCGGCUGCUACGUCGCCAUAUCCCGGUACAUCCACAGGUCCAGCCGGCAGUUCAUCAGCCAGUCCAGCCGGAAGCGCAGGCACAGCCAGAGCAUCCGGGUGGUGGUGGCUGUGUUCUUCACCUGCUUCCUGCCCUACCACCUGUGCAGGGUCCCCUUCGCCUUCGGCCACUUAGACAGGCUCCUGGAUGACUCUGCACACAAGAUCCUCUACUACUGCGAGGAAAUGACGCUUUUCUUAUCCGCGUGCAACGUGUGCCUGGAUCCGAUAAUCUACUUCUUCAUGUGCAGGUCGUUCUCGAGACGGUUGUUCAAGAAGUCCAACAUCAGAACCAGGAGUGAGAGCAUCCGUUCACUGCAGAGCGUGCGGAGGUCGGAAGUCCGCAUCUAUCACGACUACACCGACGUGUGAGCCGGCUGGGCUGCCGGGCCUUGUACAGUGUGAAUAAACGUCGCUUUUCGUUA